AUGACAGAGAACAAUGAUACUGUUUGUUUCAUAAGCACGCCUGGUUUUUGUUCUGAUUGUGGAUCAAUUUUGCCGUUGUUGGGCAAUACGGGAAACGUUAUAUGUUACGCCUGCAAGCGCACGUGGGGUCCCGAAGCUUUUGGUGAUAUGGCUAUGUCAUGUACCAUUCACUUUAAUGAAAACAAUGCCUAUGAAUCUUCAAAGCAAAAGGAUAAUGAAGAGGAAGAUACGGAAGGCCCAGUUGUUGAAAGAAAGUGUCCACAAUGUCAAAAUGACAAAAUGUCAUAUGCUACAUUGCAGUUACGGUCUGCAGAUGAAGGGCAGACAGUCUUUUACACGUGUACCAAAUGCAAAUACAAGGAGACAGAGAACUCGUAACACAUACGUAGUACAGAUGUAUUUGUAAAGAUUUGACAAAUGCAACAGAUUAUCGAAACAUGAACACUCUCUGUUAAUAAAACAUAGAGCUUUAUUCAUGAUACAUUCAACAAAUAUCAAUGGAGGGACAAUAAUAAUUCAGUAAUAUCACUGGACUAUCAGUAUGUUUUCAUCCUAGUUAUU